AAUCUUAUUUCAAUUGCCCAACUCUUCUCAAUGACUCGUGUUUAUCAAGCUUUUCAUGGUCGUGAGGAAGCUGCAGUUUCCUCUUCUCUACCUUUGGUGAAACGAAGUGUUUUGGGCGGCCUCUUACCUAAGUCAUUGCUUUACGUACUGGAACGUAGCGGCCCAGUUGCUUUUGCCGCAGCAAUGGUUUCUGAUUCUAACACUCCUGAGAUUAUUUGGACACACAAGGUUCUUCAGCAUCUUGGUGAUUUCCCUCAGAAAUUGGGACAGCAUUGUGAUUCCUUAUAUGACUAUGCUCCAAUGCCACCAGUGACAUAUCCAGAGCUGAAAGAUGAAAUGUGGUGUCAUCGUUAUUAUCUUCGAAACUUAUGUGAUGAAAUUAGAUUUCCUAAUUGGCCUAUUGUUGAACAUGUUGAGUUUUUGCAAUCAUUGCUAGUAAUGUGGAGAGAAGAGUUAACUCGAAGGCCAAUGGACCUUUCUGAAGAAGAAGCUUGCAAGAUACUAGAGAUUUCCAUUGAUGAAGUAUCCAGAGAGGAUGCCCCUAAGAAACCAAGUUUUGAGUCAGUUGAGGAGAUACCUAAUAUAUCAGAGCAGAUUGAGUAUAUUGAUGAGGAAAAGCUCAAGAGACAGUAUAGGAAACUUGCAAUGAAGUAUCAUCCAGACAAAAAUCCUGAAGGGAGGGAGAAGUUUCUGGCAGUGAGAAAGCUUAUGAGUGCUUGCAGGUGAGCAUGGAAGGAUUGCAAGGUCCCCAGACUUGGAGGUUGUUGCUUCUCUUAAAGGGCCAGUGUAUUCUAUAUAGGCGAUAUGGGAAUGUAUUGAUGCCAUUCAAAUAUGCUGGAUAUCCUAUGCUCUUAAGUGCCAUUACAGUGGACAAGGAUGAUAACAAUUUUCUUUCCUCUGAUCGAGCACAUCUUCUAGUUUCAUCCUGGGAGCUCGUUUGGUUGACGUGCGAGUCUUCAUCAUUGAAUGGUGAAGAGCUUGAGAGAGAUGGUGGAAUACCUCUUCUUGCAACCCUCCUUUCCUGUUGCAUGUGUGUGGUCCAACCAACAACUCCUGCCACUGAACCGUCCGCUAAUAUUGUUGCUAACAUAAUGCAAAGUUUUGAGUCAGUUUGAAAGUGCGAGAACUGAGAUGCUCGUAUUUUCAGGAUUAGUUGAUGACAUUGUUCAUUGCACUUUAUAUUUCUUUCUUUUUCUUUCUUUUUUGUGUUCCAUCUUUCUUUUAAACUCUUCUAAUGAAGUUCAUCACAUAAUUUUCUUUCAGUUACAUUUGCUACACUUGGUGAGAAGACCAUGGUGAUGUUCCCAGAAGUCCUUUAGUAUUGGUGUUCCGUGGUGCAGCAUAAGAAUUGGAGGGUGAUGAAUACAGUUGUUGAACAAAACCUUCCAGCCAAAAAGGAGUCUCACACGCUAGCACACCAAAAAAUUCACACACUAGCACUUCUCUUGCAUUAACUCCACUCCCGCCGGCCGGCGACGAGGAAACUGACACCGGAGAUGGGGCGAACGUUGACGGUGUGGAAGACGCCAUGGAGGUUAUUGAAGACAAAUCGCAUUUUUGCGCCGAGGAAGACGAAGUGAUGGGUGGCUGUUCAAUGGCGGAAACCGGCGAGUUAUUGCCUCUUUCACACUCACAUGGGCUUGGGGAAGGUAAGGGCGGUUUUUGGGCCGGAAAUAACGUUGAUUUUCAUGCUGGUUCGUCUUCCCCAAAAUUAGGGUUUCGCGCUGCCGCAGAAGAAGAAAAGUCGCUUGAGGAAGAUGAAACGACACCGGCAGUUUUGGCCAUGGCUAACGAUGAUGAUCGGAUCGCUGAUGGUAGGGGAGACUACCCAUUGCCACGUUUGAUGAGAAUACAAUGCGCCAAAAAAAAAAAUUAGGGUUUUCCAACGACUCUUUGAGCUCCUUUAAUGACGGAUGCGCAGAGAAAACCUUCCCCAUGGCAGAGUUUCUUCGCCUAGCUAAUGCCGUAGUUGAUGAUGGAGAUGAGGACUCCAAGAAAUCACUCAUGGAACUGAAACGAAGGUGGGAGGAACGAACAGGAGUCGAAACGUCUCGCCGGCGAACCACGCUGCUGCGGCCUGAAGACGAACCACCUCGCGUCAAAGGAUUGCGACAGGCUGUCCGGCGAGUUUUUCGGCCGGCAACAAGGAGAUUAACGCAAGAAUCAGGCAAACAGAUUAUGGGUGCAAAAUCUGUGUUUUUUUCGACGGAAAACUACUGUGAACGGAACGAUGCCGGCUGUAGGUCGGAAAACUGACCUGGGGGUGGUACUUCAACGGCCGACGACGGUUGCUGAUGUGGAAGGAGUGGCUGUACGAGAUGCUGACGUGGAAAAAUGUGUGGAGGUGGAAGAUGGGAUGGCUGAUGAGGUGUCCCAAGACAUAAAAGCCCUAAACUUGGUGAUGUCACCACUGAUGUCACCAUUAAUGUAACUGCUGACUCUGCUGAUGUCUUCGGUGAUGUCACACUGGAUAUUUGCAAGAAAACUACAACUCCUUCGUUUGCGAAUCGAGCUUCUACGGGGUUAUUCAUUGGCAAUAUUCCAUUGCAUUGAACUCGGAAGUUGAUGACAAAAUUGCCCAAGUUUUUAAACUCGUCCCGGAAAAUGCUCUCAUUACAAAUAUUCACGGUAAGUAAUUUUGUAAUUAAUUUAUUUACAUAGAGUUGAGAAACAUUAUAAUAG